ACAUAUAAAACCCCUUUGUCUUUUCUCUCUUUUUAACUGAGACGAGAAACAAAAACCAAGCCCUAGCCCUUGAGAAGAAAUUGAGAGAGCGAGAGAGGGAGAGGGGGAGCAGUGAUCCUCUUUGUUCUCAUGGGGGUUUGCCUUUGUGGUGCUUUGUUACCUGGACCUGGAAAUCUUCAAUCAAGGCAGUGAGUUAACCCAAAACAGUUCAUAUGGAUUCCGUCUUAGACUUUCUUCCCUGAAAUAUGCAUGAGGAGGCAUUAUCAUCCCUUGGGUUCUCUUAACACCAGGAACAGAACAUGGAGCUAUUGGGUGAUCAGUUACCUUGUGGUGAAAUUUGGCAGAAGUCGUCGAGCAAUAAACCCCCUUUGAACAACAGUGGAAAAUCUACUACUAAUGGGGAAGAAGGAAGUAAAAUAACGUCCUCUGAAGUUGCGGAAAUUGCAAGAACUAGUUCUGAUAUUUCAGAUAAGGAUAUGUCCACCAACUUUGCAUCUAAAAGGGAUGGCUUUGUGUAUAAACGGACGCGGCUGAGGAGUAACACUAUUUUGCCGGAUAAGGAUAAGCUGACAAACUCUGCAUCUAAAUGGGAUGGCUUUGUGUAUAAAAGGAAGCAGCUGAAGAGGAACAAUAUUAUGUCUGAUAAGGACAUGUUCACCAACUUUGCGUCUAAAUGGGAUGGCUUUGUGUAUAAGCGGAGACAGCUGAGGAGGAACACUGUUACUUUGCUGUCAGAAAAAAAUGCAAUAGAUCAUGAUGAAGGAUGUAAUGGUCAUAAUUCGAGUGUAGUUUCCACAGGCAAUCCGUUGACAGUGCAAAAGAACGUUCUUCCCAAAGUUCCAGUAUUCACUAAAUGCGGUUCCUUCAGACAGUCUUUAGAUUGUGGAAAAUCAUCAAUUUCUGAGAACUAUGUACAGAAAUCCAAUGUCACUACCGGCUUGCAGAUUAUUGGGGCAAAGAAUUCAGCAUUACUUGAGUCAAAGCAAAACAACAGACUUUUUGUGGUUGCUCUUCCAGCGGAAAUAUCUGGUAUACACAUGAGCUCUUCGUCAUCAAAAUCAAACACUGCACGACAUUCGCCUAUCAUAAAGACUGAAGUAGACUGUGGGGAGUGCUCUUCAUCAGAUGCCAUUGUGAAAGAAUCACUUGAGGCAUUCACCUCAGCAAGGGAGUACUGCAUCUCUGUCCUAAGAGAGCAUGGGCUUCUUGUAGGGAUGAACACCACCCACACUUGUGCUUCUUCUGAAGUCCAGGGUGUCAAUGAUGAUAACAUUUCUCAACCUUGCAAAAUUUGUGGUCUGCCAGAAAAUCCACUGAAAAUGCUAAUUUGCGACCACUGUGAAGAUGCCUUUCAUGUCUCUUGCUGUCAGCCAAAACUAAAAAAGCUUCCAGUCGAUUAUUGGUAUUGUCAACCUUGUUUCAGAGAAAGACCCAAGGGCUUGUUGGAGAAGAGUUCUGGAAAGUCAGCUAACAUUUUGUCUGAGCACAUAUAUAGGGAGUCAGGAGGCCUUAUAUCAUGGAUGUUGAGAGACAAUGAACCGUAUAAGUCUGAUGUUCGAAUUGGCACAGCUUUUCAAGCAGAAGUUCCUCUGUGGACUGGACCGAUUUCAGAAGAUUGUAACUAUUUCAAUGAACACUUGGAACUGGAUCUUGCUGAAUGUGCCAGUCUCAAUGUCCGGAAUUCUGAAAACCCAUUACAAUCUACCUCUUUUGGUAACUGGAUUCAAUGUCGAGAAGUUAUACACACACACAGAAAAGACAAAGGCACUAUAUGUGGAAAAUGGCGCAGGGCUCCUCUUUUUGUUGUCCAAACACCAAAAUGGGAUUGUUCUUGUGCUGUCCUUUGGGAUCCAGUCCAUGCUGAUUGUGCAGUUCCUCAGGAGCUUGAAUCAGAUGUGAUUUCAGACCAUUUAAAAUACUUUGAGAUGCUGAGAUCACGGCUGAACAUCACAAGGCAGAUACCUCAGGAAUCAGGAACUAAUUAUCGUGAGUAGAAUUUGCAUUGUAUGCAGUGUUGAAACUGAGAAGACGCUGUAGACCUGACGUGCAUCUUGCUGGCUUGUACAGAAGAGCAAGUGAAUAUAUGUUUUCUUGAAGAGCUCCAGAGAUCUCCUCCGCAUCCAUUUUGUUGAUAAUCCAACUGACUCCAGCAAUACAAGGAAUCAUAUGUACGCAGUAAAUAGUGUGUCUAUAUGGUUUUAGUAAAUCAUCAGUAUUCGGAUGUGACAAGUGAGAAAUUUUGUAAUCACCACAGGGAAAAGGUAAUUUUGUUUUGAAUUGGAUUUCUUAGCAGAAAUGAGUGAAUGAGGAUGAGUUAACUGAGCUUCAACUUGUCUCGUACCGCCUUCGUUGUUGAUAUGAGUAUAGUGUUUAUUUUGUCA